AUGUCUACCAGAAUGAAAUUUUUAUUUCUUUUCGUUGCUUGCUUCGUUUUUGCUGCUUACGCUGAUGAUAUCGUAAUUAAAGUGGGCAAUUUGAAAUAUGAUCCUCAAACUUUGGUUUUCACUUGGCUUUCUGAUGGAACUCAGCACGAUGUCGUCCAAUCUGACUCUGAAGGUUCUUGUGAAGCAUCCACCAAAAUUACUAAUGCUAUCAAAACUGAUUUAAAAUCAUCGGGAACUUGGAACUACACUAUUACCGAAGAUGCCAAUACAAAAAUUUAUUAUUUCUGCAGUUAUUUAAGCCAUUGUCUAAGUGGUAUGACAGGUACUAUUAAUGUAGUUAGUAGUGAUACUACUUCCACUGCCACCUCCACUGGUACAGGUUCAGGUCCGCCGCCUUCAUCCUCCACUGGUACAGGUUCAGGUUCGCCGCCUUCAUCCUCCACUGGUACAGGUUCAGGUUCGCCGCCUCCAUCAGGAAGAGCUCCAUUAGGAACUACAUCAGGAUCUUCAACAGGAAUUCCAACAGGAGCUACAUCAACAACACAAACAAAUUCAGCAGUAUCCUUCAAUUCAAUCACUGCGGCUACUUUAUUGGUAUUUGUAUCAAGUCUGAUCAUGACCGCUUCUUUGUUAUAA